CGCCGCCGCCGCCGACGCCACCGCCGCAGCCAUCGUUGCCGCCGACGCCAUGUUACUAACUACCUAUUCGCUGCUCGCGCUUGCGACGCUGUUUGUCGCUUCAGACGCUAAAGUCACGGAUGUAUCUCUUGUGGGUGGACCUUGCACAAAAUUUAUUAUUGAUAUCCCACCUAGGCCUAUUCCGUACAACAUUUCCCUAACACACCCUAAGCUUUCAAUGAUGUCCUACGACAAUAAUAAUCCACUGAAAAUAAUCCCAAAUUACUGUGCUGAGUUCCACGAAGAGAUUUCAAGGCAGUCAGUUGAAGUUUGCAACGACUAUCCCCACAAAACGGAGGUCCUGUUGAGGUCACCGGAUGCGCGUGCGCUGGGUGACAUUGUGACGUCUCCCAUCUACGCCACCUGUUACAAAGACCCGGAGUGUGGACCUCUAUACAUUAAAAUUGAACAGAAUUGCAGAAGACCAGCCUUCUAAAUGAGAAAGAUGAAUAUGCAAGUAUUUGGAAAUUUGAUUAGUAUCUCAUAACUUCAGUAUUUCCUUAAAUAUACAUGUACGUAUA